GUCUUCAAAACUUGAGAGCCCUGUUGGAUGAUUAGAUAAUUGCAUGAGUACAGAUAUUCCUUUUAAAGCGACCGGGAUCCUCUAUAGGGAUAAACAUGUUGUCUGAUUUGCUCUUUUCUCUUUCUCUUCUACACUCCGAUGCUAUAGAUGGAACACUGAAGAUGGAGAACUGAUGGUUGUGUAUUUUCACUGGACAUCAGACAAGUAGGAAAAUUGGAAUCACUGGUUUGGGGAACAAAUCUGACUCUGAUCUGUUCAUUCCUGAGGCAAGGAUUGUUCAGAAAGUAUAAAGUAUAUGGAUCCCAGGAACCCCAAAAAUACAAGGAUUGGUGCUGAGUCAAGCGGAAAAAAAGCAUCUGAGUUUUUAAUACAUGAAUCAAACUACUUGGGAUAGAUGAUGAUUAUUGUACAACUUUGCAUACUGUUUAAUAUAAAAAAAGGUGAUGUUGAGCAAACAAGCAAGAGCACACAUGCGUCGGAAUGAUACAGGGUUUCACCCCACUUGUCCGCUUUCUGCUCCUGCUCCUCCUCGUAGGAUUUGCAAUGGCUGGUCUAGGUCUGUGGUCCUCAGUACAUGUUGCUCUAAGCAAUGCCAGUGUUUUUGUCACUUACAAUGCAGACAACAACAUGACAGACAGUGAAUUGUCCAUGGAUCUGGUUGAUCUUGAUAAGAAUAUAACUGUGCUAACUAGACAUCUGCCAUUCAACCAGUCAGAGGGCUUUCUGGAGUUUGACUGCACAAACUUCCUACAUGCUGGGAACUUCAGCUUCAGAUUAGACCAAAUGGGCCACAAGGGUGCACUGAAAAGUACCUCCAGCUGGUGGAGCCCAGUACUACGCAGCCAGUGGCCCACAUUCCACUUUGGAGUGGAGCGUGUUAACAACUACAGCUCUGGUGCAUUUCAGGUUUCUGUGUCUACCAAUGUUGACUUCCAUGUGUGCCUGAACAGCAGCUCAUCCCUCUACCUAGAGGUCAGCUAUAUGGAGCAUAACCAGAUUGGUAAGAACAUAAUUGACAAGGUGCAGAAACGGACGACACACAACAUCCAGGUUGUGAAGUCCCAGCAUAUGGAACUAAAGUGUGCCUCCCUGUUGACUGAGGCUGGCUUCAUCCAAGUAGCUCUCAAGUCCCACUACACCAAACAGGACAUAAAAUCCUCAGGACCACUCUAUUUAUCUCGUAUUUACUCAUAUAAGCUUCUGGUUGACAACGUCUACAAAACUGGCUGUGAGGGCACAGUUUCUGUUCGCCUGCUCUCUCCACCCUGCACGGUCACUACAGGGAAAGUGUUGCUGUAUAAGGAGGCCAGUGCAGCUGCAGAGCAGCAAAAGCACUCUCAGCUUGCAUUUCACUUUCUCACCCAAGGGGAGAAUGAGACAGAAUUUAAUUGCUCCCAGUUUGAUCUUGGCCAGAAAAAGUACUGCUUUCAUUAUGAGCGCAUCUACAGUCAGUCCUCCAGUUUGGCACAUACAUGCAUCAUUGUGCAAAGAAAUGCUGUAGAGAUGUGGGGCCCGUGGCAGACAUGGAGUGGGUGCAGUGUGACCUGUGGAGAGGGUGUGCGAGAACGUGUGCGUGAGUGUUUGGUGCCCCCUGGCGGUGGGAUGCAGUGCAAUGGUAUGGUGAGAGAGCAGUCACUCUGCUCCCUGGAGGACUGUACUGACAUCCUGCCUCCUGUUUCUGCCCCACCUCCUCCAUCUGUGGACUCCUUUCUUGGAGGAAACUUAGUUGUGGUGACUGGUAUCUCUCUCUGUCUAGCUGUCAUCCUGAUCACUAUCGUCAUAACAGUGUGGAGAAAACUGUGCCAUGCCCCAAAGUUUUUCUCAGCAAAGCCUGAGACUAUGCAUUCACCUGGCGGACGCAAACACUCAGAUGAGGCUUCUAUUUGUGGACACAGCGUGCGGAGGCCUAGUUUCUCUGAGAGUAUGGGGGCAUCUGCAUUUCAGAAAGGCCAAACAUGUCCUGUGUCUAUUCGAGCAGCAUCAGACAAGGGGGUACUGGCCUGUCAGCAGAGUUUCCCCCUCCCCGUGACCUCACCUCAAAAUCCCGAGCGGCUAUCCCCAUCUGGCCAAAAGAUACUUCCGCCGGUUUUUGGGUAUCGUUUGGCACAGCAACAACUUAAGGAAAUGAAGAAGAAAGGACUUAAAGAGGCCACACAAGUCUAUCAUGUUUCCCAGAGUCCUGUUGAUGACAUCAUGGUGGAGGCCACAGCCUCAACAUCUGCUGGUCUUACACCAGUGCCUCAGGACCUGGAAAGUCAAGAAGAAGUCACUAUCAGACACAUUCGCAAAUCUCCUUUCACAGAGCCCACUUGGCAUCACAGAAACUCUGCCACUUUGCCUGACAGACUGAGCCCCAAGGUGGAUCUGAUAUUGACCACACCAAAAAGUUUUAGUGAUCGGGACCGACGACAAGAACGGACUGCAGACUGGGUGGCAAUGGUGGAACGAAACAGAUUCAGCUUUUCUAAUAACCCAAACUUCAGGAGGACAUCUAGCUUCAACGAGAGCAAUCUGCAGCAUUUACCUAAGCCACAGCCAUUUAGGGAGCGAAGCAUGACUCAGGUGGCCUCCCGCCAGAUUCCAGAGGGCAGCUGUAGAAUCAGAGCAUGGGAGCAUCCAAUACCUGAGCUGGAGGACUGGUCUCAGUCUAAAUAUAGGAUACCCGACAGCUCUAGUCACCAGAGGCAGAGACCUUUGGUAGAUAUACCUUCCUUCACAAAAUGCAAACCUGCAGUGGUUCAAUCAGGGACAGUACCAACAAAAAAUCGAGUAACUGACAGUCAUGGAGUGGGCUGGGUCCCAUCUUUUGGCAUAGAGCGGGUAGAAAGGGCAGAACAAAAUUGGAACAGGAGAGGUCCCUCUCCCAUCCAGAGGAACAUUUUGGCCAGGAAGUUGCGAGAAGCCAGUUCAUCAGCCAAUUACCAGAGAAAGAGAAGUUCUACCUUCUCCAGCUAUGAUCAGAGCAGGGGCCGAUGCCGUAGCCUCCCACUCUCUGCAGACUACAGCAGCUCCUCCUAUGGCCUGACUGAGGAUGAGCAGCAAAUGAUGGACAUUUCUGGAUAUCUGGGAGAAGAGGAUGGAACAGGAAUAACCAAAGACCUCAGACUCACUUGAUUAUGCCUGAGAAUGUUCAGAUUAGAAACUCCAAAGCAGAAUUCCCACAACUGAUUGUUUUUCCAGUUUAAGUGAUUUACCGUUUUGAAGCCUUUAUUUCUGAAUUACUUUUUGGGAAUUAAGAUUUAGAAUUAGAGUUUAUUCUUUUUGUCUUUAAAAUGUUUUUUUAUAUUCCUUGUAAAAUGAACAUCACAAAUUAUAUUAAAUUAUUUUAUUUGCACAGUGUAAGAAUUGUAUGUGUUCUGAAGAGAACACACCUAAUUAACCAGUUAAAUGUUACUGUAAAGCUGCCAAAAAAUCAAGUUGGAUAUUUUAACAGAUACUGUGUAAAACAAUAUUGAAUUAUCAAGUAAAUAAGUAUAGCUUUAGCAAAACCAACUAUACGAUAAUUGUAUAUUGCAGAAACUUGGUUUGUCUCUAAACCCAUUUAAAUAUAUAAGAAAUAUUUAAUCUAAGUAUAAAUGCUUUUAUUUUGAUUGUAAAUGAAAAAUAAGUAAUUUUCAUAUAUUUUCAAUUACAGACAUUUUAAAUAGUUACAGCGUAUUUGUUUUAGUGUAUCUGAAUUAAAAGAUUGUAAUGAUAAUCUGGCUGUAAUGUAAAGGAUAAUUCAGAGUAGUUUAAACUGUGGCAGUCUCUUUACACUGGACAAAAUGUCUCAGAGCAGGGAAGAAUUGCACUGUAUGCAUUGUAAAUAAAUUUCUUUCAUAUUUA